CGGAAGCGCUCAAACAAAACGGCAGCUAAACCCCACCCAAAUUCCAAAUCGAACCCCUCCUCCAGCUAGCCAGCCUGUCCCCUCGCCCUCACGAAACAGCCACGGCCACCUGCGGGAGGGAGUGGGAGCCACGCACGAGGAGGCCGCGGAUCGGAUCGGAUCUCGCCCCCGCCGUCGUUGCCGCAUUUCCUCUGGAUUCCGUGGCGGUGGUGGUGGGAUCCUUGCGAGGGACGAGGAAGGAGGGGAGAGGAGGAUGUGGCGGCUGAGGAUCGCGGAGGGCGGGGCCGACCCGUGGCUGCGCACGAAGAACGGCCACGUGGGCCGCCAGGUGUGGGAGUUCGAUGCCGCCGCGGAGCCCGACCCCGACGAGCUCGCCGCCGUCGAGGCCGCGCGCCAGGGGUUCGCCGAGCGGAGGCACCAGCUCAAGCACAGCGCCGACCUCCUCAUGCGCAUCCAGUUCGCUAAAGGAAAUCCUCUUAAGCUGGACCUUCCAGCUAUCAAGCUGGAAGAGCAUGAAGAUGUUACAGAGGAAGCCAUAUCGACUUCUUUGAGAAGAGCAAUCAGCCGCUUUUCUACUCUCCAGGCACAUGAUGGGCACUGGCCUGGGGAUUAUGGUGGUCCUAUGUUCCUUAUGCCAGGCUUGAUUAUAGCGUUGUAUGUGAGUGGAGCACUGAACACUGUGUUAUCAUCGGAACAUCAGAAGGAGAUCCGCCGGUAUCUCUAUAAUCAUCAGAAUGAAGAUGGAGGCUGGGGGUUGCACAUUGAGGGCCCAAGCACCAUGUUUGGCUCAGCCUUGACCUAUGUUAGUUUGAGAUUGCUUGGAGAGGGACCAGAUGGUGGGGAUGGAGCUAUGGAGAAAGGUCGAAAGUGGAUUUUAGACCAUGGAGGAGCAACAUUUAUAACAUCAUGGGGAAAAUUUUGGCUCUCGGUACUUGGUGUAUUUGACUGGUCUGGUAACAACCCAGUGCCACCAGAAGUUUGGUUGUUACCAUAUUGUCUGCCAUUUCACCCAGGGAGAAUGUGGUGCCAUUGUCGAAUGGUGUAUCUACCGAUGUGUUACAUUUAUGGAAAGAGGUUUGCCGGCCAAAUUACGCCACUUGUGUUAGAAUUAAGAAAGGAACUCUACAAAGACCCCUACAGCGAGAUUGAUUGGGACAAGGCUCGCAAUCAAUGUGCUAAGGAAGAUCUGUACUAUCCACAUCCAUUCGUUCAAGAUGUCUUAUGGGCCACUCUCCAUAAAUUUGUUGAGCCAGUUAUGUUGCAUUGGCCUGGGAGCAAAUUGAGGGACAAAGCUUUGGAAACUGUCAUGCAGCACGUUCACUAUGAAGAUGAGAACACUCGAUACAUUUGCAUAGGUCCUGUAAACAAGGUAUUAAAUAUGCUUGCUUGCUGGAUUGAAGAUCCAAACUCAGAGGCAUUCAAACUGCAUAUUCCACGAGUCUAUGAUUACUUGUGGGUUGCUGAAGAUGGCAUGAAGAUGCAGGGCUAUAAUGGCAGCCAGCUCUGGGACACAGCUUUCACAGUUCAAGCCAUUGUGGCUACCAACCUUAUCGAAGAGUUUGGUCCCACCCUUAAACUAGCGCAUGACUACAUGAAGAAGUCACAGGUUCUUGAUGACUGCCCUGGAGAUCUGAAUGACUGGUACCGCCACAUAUCUAAAGGUGCAUGGCCGUUUUCUACAGUUGAUCAUGGUUGGCCUAUAUCGGAUUGCACUGCUGAAGGACUAAAGGCCUCAUUAUUACUAUCAAAGAUAUCGCCAGAAAUUGUUGGCGAACCAAUGGAAGCUAAUAGGUUUUAUGAUUCUGUCAAUUGUCUGAUGUCUUAUAUGAAUGAUAAUGGUGGUUUUGCAACAUAUGAACUCACAAGAUCUUAUGCCUGGCUAGAGCUUAUUAAUCCUGCUGAGACCUUUGGGGACAUUGUGAUUGAUUACCCGUAUGUUGAAUGUACAUCAGCAGCAAUUCAGGCCCUGACAUCAUUCAGAAAGCUCUACCCUGGGCACCGCAGGAGAGAGGUGGACAACUGUAUCAGCAAGGCUGUUAGUUUUAUUGAGAGUAUUCAAAGAAGCGAUGGUUCAUGGUACGGUUCUUGGGCUGUUUGUUUCACCUACGGCAUUUGGUUUGGAGUGAAGGGAUUAAUUGCUGCUGGUAGGACGUUCGAGAAUAGUCCUGCAAUCAGAAAGGCAUGUGACUUUCUGCUGUCAAAAGAACUUCCUUCUGGUGCUUGGGGAGAAAGCUAUUUGUCGUCUCAAGACCAGGUCUACACCAAUCUUGAAGGCAAGCGGCCCCAUGCAGUGAACACUGGUUGGGCCAUGCUGGCCCUAAUUGAUGCAGGACAGGCUGACAGAGAUCCAAGGCCGCUACAUCGAGCAGCGAAGGUUUUGAUCAAUUUGCAAUUGGAGGAUGGAGAAUUUCCUCAGCAAGAGAUCAUAGGAGUCUUCAACAAAAACUGCAUGAUCAGUUACUCCCAAUACAGGAACAUCUUCCCGAUUUGGGCUCUCGGAGAGUACCGGUGCCGAGUUCUCGCUGCUGGCAAGAAAUAGCUCCCGGUUACUGUGGCAGGAAAUUGCUCCCGAUUUACUGGAUCAUGAGCUUGACUGCGUAGCUCACUCAUGUCGCUCUACCUUGGCACACAAGGACUAGCUUGUUGCUUGGAACGGGUUUUGAGAAUCUAGUCCUAAUAAUGUAGCUGCGUCAGGUGAUAUUCUCUCAGUUCUAAUAAUAUAUAUUCAAGGGGUGAACAAUGUAGCUAGAUUCAGGUCAGUUGAUAGAUUCUGUUACUCGUCCUCUGCAGUGGUCUAGUGAUUUUUCUGUAGCAUGUUGAUAAAUUGACGCAAUUCUCGGAGCAAUGCUUGAAGGUUGGUAGACCUGUUUUGUAUCA